GAUUUGACUUUAAUAAUCUAUUUAAAAAAUGCUUCCUUGUUUGACAGACGGUUUUAUUUCCCACAAGGAAGUCAAUUCCCUCAUUCAUUUCGGAAAAUAUGUCUUAGUGAUUUCUAUACUAAAUUUGAUUCAUCACUGAUAAUAAAUGCCUAGUUAUGCCAAUGGAACCAAGAACCAAUCAGCCGGAGGUCUGGAAAAAAGGCCAACAGGUUGUUGCAAAUUAUAAUUUUCCUGGUUCAUCAAAAGAAGAUUUACCGUUUAAGAAGGGUGAUUUGAUUACAAUUAUAAAUAAUACAAAAGAUGUGAAUUGGUAUAAAGGAAAGAACGAAAGUGGACAAGAAGGUAUGGUGCCUGCCACCUACUUACAGAAGCGCAAAGAAGUGCAGUUACAUGCUAUGCCCUGGUAUCACGGAAGUAUAACAAGAGAACAGGCUGAAGAUUUACUCCAGUUUAAGGAAGAUGGCGUCUUUUUAUUAAGAGACAGUGUACAUUUCCGUGGGGACUUCACAUUGUCUGUCGUGUAUUAUAACAAAGUUGAACACUACCGUGUGAUAUUACGACAGAAUAAGCUGGAGAUUGACGGGGGAGAUUGUCAGUUCCAAACGUUAAUUGAUCUGGUUGAGCAUUAUACAAAGGAUGCUGAUGGUUUGUGUACAAGGUUAUUACAACCUUUACAGAAGAAAGGAUCAAGUUUCUCUGCAGUAUCAGUACAGGAUUUUGAAAGUGGAGGAUGGGUCAUUAGUCAAAAAGAUUUACAAGUAUUUGAAUUGAUAGGAAAAGGAGAAUUUGGAGAUGUAUACAAAGGAACUUACAGAAAUCAAGGUGUAGCAAUAAAAGAAUUAAAAGAUAAGGAACGAGCUGGUCAAGCUUUCUUAAAAGAAGCUUCUGUGAUGACGUCUAUGAGACACCCAAACUUGGUCCAGUUGAUAGGUGUUGUUAUAGGUGACACUAUACAGCUGGUUACAGAAUUUAUGGGUAAAGGAAAUCUUGUGGAAUAUUUACGGUCCAGGGGUAGAAGUGUUAUUACCAAGAAGGAUCAGAUAGAUUUCACUGAUGAUAUAUGCUCAGCCAUGCAGUAUUUAGAGAGUAAAGAUUUGGUGCAUAGAGAUUUAGCUGCCAGAAAUAUUUUAGUAAAUGAUAAUAAUACUGCCAAGGUAUCAGAUUUUGGUUUAGCUAAAUAUGGAGAUUAUAGUGCCGAAGGAGGAAAGUUUCCCAUCAAGUGGACUGCCCCUGAGGCUCUUAGAGAUAAUAAAUUUACAAAUAAAUCCGAUAUGUGGAGUUUUGGGAUUUUACUGUGGGAAGUUUAUUCCUUUGGAAGAGUUCCAUAUCCAAGAAUACCAUUAUCAGACGUUGUUAUGCAUGUGGAGCGAGGAUAUAGAAUGGAGGCUCCAGAUGGUUGUCCACAAGAGAUUUACAAUAUCAUGAUGCAGGCGUGGGAAAUAGAUCCAAAACAACGUCCAACAUUUAAACAAGUGCUAGAAAAAUUAAACAAUUUACGUGCAACAACUGUAUAGUAUUUUUUUUGUACCUUAUGUUUGAAUAUUUAUUUCCUGGAAAUAUACUUUAUUACUCAAAAAGUCACAAAGAGGGCAUGAUAUUGGCAAAAGAGUUCCUCUAAAGGGAAAUAACUGUAGAUUGAAAAAAAAACCAGUAGAUUCUGUAUCCUUUUUAGUUAUCUUUGAAGGAAUUUUGUAUGAGCUUUUUAUUGUACAGCUGAUUAGUAGCUUUCUGAAUAGGUUUGUUAAGUUAAAGAAUUCUUAUCUUUUAUCAAGAGUGAUGAAUAAGUAAGGAUCUAUAUAAAUCAUUAUUUGCAUAGACAAUAUAUUAGUCAUUAGAUAUGACUUGUAAGCAAAGGUGUUUUUUAAAAAUGUGUAUCAAGUACAAAUUCAUCUUGUAUUAAAUCUUAGUAAUUCCAUGUCAGGAGUGAUGUCUCAUGGUGCAAAAUAGAUAUGAAUUGAAAAUAUAAAAAAAGAGAUGAAAAUUUACAGUUAUAAUACUUUGAAAAAGUGAUAGUGUUUACAAUUAUUAAGAAUCAUUUGGAGUUGUCCCCUUUUCAAUUCCAUUCUUUUGUUUAAGUGUUUCAUUCAUUGUAUUUUAAAAACCAUUUGUGCAUUUUACAGAUAAUGAAUUUAAUAAUAAGAUAAAAUUCUGUACAUACUAUAACUAUAUUGCAAUUGUAAUAUAUAGCUAAUUAUUUUUAAUGAUUUUUAAAGGGCACUCACUUAUUCUAACAAUUUUCCCCCUGUUUAGCCACACAAAAAAAAUUCCUCAUCAAAAUGGUAAAAGUUACGUUGUUUUAAACAUUUCAUAACAAAAAGUCUUCAUUGCUCUUACUAUCCACCUAGAUAUUGAUAAUUGUGAUAUUUAGAUUUAAGUUUUCAAGUUGACCACCAUCUAAUAUUUUUUUAAUAACCAACUACAUUGUACUUACAUAUUUAACCAUGUUACAAAGUGAAUGUAUUGAAAAGACUGGAAAUAUGUAUACAAUAUGUAAUUAUUAAAAUACUUUUAUCAAGUUUCCAAGUUAUUGACAGCGAUAAAAAUGUAUUCUUUUGAAACUGAAACUUUUAUGUAAUAGAAGACUUACAAAAGUUGGAAUUAAUUCCUUAUUGAAGUGUAUUGUGUGGAUGAUAGAAGUUCAAAAGCUAUAUUCCUCUAUGUGAGAUAUUUUUUUAUAAUUGUAUAUAGAAACCAAUUAUCUGACUUGCCAAAACCGUAUUAUAUAUGCAUGUUCAUGAUCUGAAGAAGGGUAGGACUUCUUUUUCAGGACAAGUGAACAAGUUUUGGUAUAUAUUAUUGAAUGAGUAACCAAUUUUUAUAUUUUAAAUGAUAGAAGUCAUACUUCAAGUUAAAAAAAAUAUUUUAGUACUUUUUGCAUAAAAGGUAAAAUAGAACUUUGUCCAAAAGUCUGGACUAUAAUUUUAAUUUUAUUUUGAAAACAAAAACGUUUAAAAAGUUUGAUGUACAUUUGAAUUGCUACUAAGAUCAGAAUAUAAUGUAAUGUGUAGUUGCAGUGACAAAAACAUCUAUAAUGAUGAUAAUUAAAACAUUUAUACUUUGUAUUUGAUCAUUUCCAUUACAAUUUGAUUAAAUAAAUGUCUAAUUUACUACUUUAACAUGAUAACUUCUGAAAAUGUAUUUCACUGAGAUUAAAUUUUGUAAUUUCUAGGUCUUAACUUUUUCACAAGAAAAUUUCCCAUUGUUCACAAAACAUUUCCCACCUUUCAGUUCAACAAGUUAAUUCUGAACUACUCGUGAUAAGAAAUUUCAGCUCCUAGUUUCAAUUCAAUGGUAGUAUGUGCUCGCGCAUCAUUUGAAAUUUAAUAAUGCUUAUUAGUCAUGAACCCUAGGUUAAAUAAAAGUUUGUAAUUGUGCAUAAUUUAUGGCUUGUAUGGCUUGUAGUGGAAGUAAAUAUGUUAAUUACAAUGAAAACCAAUAUUGUUUAAUUAGCUUGUUUUAAUGAUACUUAUUUGUUGUGAAGUUGUUGUUAUUCAGCUUUGGUGCAGUGGUCAAAAACAACAACUUUUUGCAUGCAUGGGCUUUGACAUUUCUUCAAGAGUAAGAUAGUUCAUUGCUUACAUAUUUCAUAUACUUGUACCAGAAACGGUCUAGAUAAUUCCCUACCACCCACAUUUUAAUAUUUUAAUCAUGAUGUCAUGAGCACUAAAAUAUAAGAGUAUUCUUGGUUGUUGAAUUUUUCAUUUACUGUUGAAGA